GGCUCCGGUAUUAUAAACUGCGUGAUCAACGUAUGGAUCAUCGAGAUGUGGCUACAAAAAAGUGCACCCAUACUUCAAAUCCCGGGACUAACAUUUGGUUUGGGAACAAUACUAUCGCCACUUUUAUUAAAGCCAUUUCUACGGGACAAAUACGAUGGACCCCACGUGACCACCAUUGCCACCACCACCGGUGUCGUACCGGUAGUAGUGUCGACACCUGACGACAGUUCAAUCACUUAUGCCUACAAUGAAUCGUACGAAGAGGACAGACGGUCACACUUAAAGACGCCGUUUCUCAUACUGGGUGUCAUUCAAAUUGUUUUUCCCAUUUUAUUGACCUUAAUGUUUGUGUUUAAACGAUACCGUAAUAAAAGCGACUCAACUCAACCCGCGAACACACCAAUGGUCGAUGAAAAGGGUGACCAACAAGCCAAGGAUGUUAUCAAUGAAAACAAUCUAGAUGGUCCACAAUGGAGACUGUUCGACAGGUACCCUAAAUACCGAUGGCCCGCCUUGCUACUAUUUGGCACGUUGGUGGGCGCGUUCAAUCUGGUAGAGUCCUCGUACUAUACGUUCGCCUCGACGUACUUUCAGUACUGCCCGUUGGGUAUCAGUCCGAAAAAGGCCACCGAUGUUAUCACGGCGUUCACCGCCCCCUACACUGUGUUCAGAGGGCUGAGUAUUUUUAUCGCCAUCAAACUGUCACCCAAAUUGAUGCUUAUCAUACACUUUGCCAUUUGUAUUAUAGGAUUAAUAUGCCUGGUGUUUGGCCGCAGUAAUAUGACCAUGUUAUGGGUGGCCAACGUAUUCAUGGGCGUCGGUAUAUCGGCUAUAAUGCAGUCCAUAUUCGCUUUCGUGGGCGCAAAUGUGCGCAUGACUGAUAUGGUGGGCACUUUGAUGACUGUAUUCAUGUCAUCGUUCAAUAUACUGCCCCCGUAUCUCAUCGGGCUAUAUAUGAAACAAUACUCCGAUAUGUUUAUAUUCAACGGUGGCAAUGGGGCACCGGGUGGUAGUGGUGCACCAGCAGUAAAUGGCACGGCUGGCAGUGGGGGUAUAGGUGGCAGUGCCGGCAAUGGAACCAAAUCCAAUGUAAACGUUCAUAUUGGCUAA